AUGGCAUUCCGCACGUUCGCUCUUCUGCUUACUACAAGUUCCCUUAUCGCUGGAGGAUAUGGCUCGAGCCUUCAUCCUUCCCUCUUUGAAAAACGUCAAACAUGCCCAACAUGCCCCCUUGGUGGCAAUCCCAUCGCCAAACUUGUGAAAUUUUUUAUCGCGGGAGGAGAUCAGCAAAGCAGGGAAGAUUGCAGAAUGGAAUCUGUAUUUGGUCUUCCUUCUGACCUUGGAGGAGAGGGAUCCGGGCAAUUCGAGGCCGCAGUCCGUGUCAAUUUCGACGAAGACCAGCUUGCUUGCUCUGUGGAGGGCGUUUCCCUCCCGAUUGGCAAUGAAGUUGAAGAUACUGUGUGUGUUUCUGGAGGAUGCUCCGUCUCGGAAGUCACAGACCAGAGCGCCCUUGUCACUUGGGGGGCCUGUAUCGUCCGGCCUAAUACCCCCGUUUCCGAGAAUCAGCCACUUACAGAUGCUGAGUGUAUCCCUGCUCAGGGUGCUAUACGGUUUGCGAGGUUCCACGAUACUGGAGAUUGCAGCGGCACUGAAACCGUCACGGAGCUAACUGUUGGUGGACGCAGCACUACUGAGUUUUCGCCCAACGAUGGUGGCGGCAUUUUCUUUGGUGGCAUCGUUACCAGAUGUAGCACUGUCGCCGCUGCUUGA